AGCAAGAGAAGAGUUUCGCGGUGCCGUUCGAGGUACCGGAAGUGACUUUUCCCGGAGUUACGGCGGAGGAGAUUUCGUCGUGGAGGGCUGCUCUUGCCACAGCAUCCAACAUUCUCGGCUAUGUAGUCAAAGAAAUUAGCACGUCUGAAGCAAAACUUGUGGAUGAAAUUGCUGUUGACACAUUCAAGAAGCUGAAUGAUUUGGCUCCAAGUGGGAACGAAGGUCUUGUGGGAGUCGAAUCGCGUCUACGGAUUCUAGAAAAGCUUUUAUCAUGCAAUGAGUUGGAUUCUGUUCAAAUCAUUGGCAUUGUUGGGAUGGGUGGGAUUGGUAAAACUACUCUUGCUGAUUGCUUGUAUGGACGGAUGCGAGGACAAUUCGACGGUAGCUGCUUUCUUACAAACAUCCGUGAAAAUUCAGGUAGAAGCGGAUUAGAAUCUUUGCUGCAGAAACUCCUCUCUACACUACUAAAUGAUAGAGAUCUUGAGAUUGGAGCUCCUGGAUAUGCACAUGAGAGAUUUGAGCGCCGGCUUAAGAGCAAGAGGCUGCUUAUUGUGCUUGAUGAUGUGAAUGAUGAAAAGCAAAUAAGAUAUCUUAUGGGGCAUUGCAAAUGGUAUCAAGGAGGAAGUAGAGUUAUUAUAACUACUAGAGACAGUAAACUGAUCGAGACUAUCAAAGGACGGAAAUAUGUGCUCCCAAAAUUGAAUGAUAGAGAAGCCCUGAAACUCUUUAGUCUGAAUGCAUUUAAUGGUUCUUGCCCUUCGAAAGAGUUUAAGAGUUUGACAAAUAUGGUUCUGGAUUAUGCUAAAGGCCACCCUUUGGCUCUUAAAGUGUUAGGAUCUGAUCUUUGUGAGAGGGAUAAUCUGUACUGGGAAGCUAAGCUGGAUAGACUGAAGAGUAUAUCACAUGGAGAUAUAUACGAAGUUCUGGAAACAAGCUAUGAGGAGCUUAACUUUGUGCAGAGGAAUGUUUUUCUGGAUAUUGCAUGUUUCUUCAGAUCAGAGAAGGUGGAUUACGUGAGAAGCGUUCUGAACGGUCAUGGUGUCGAUGUGUCUAGCGUGAUAGAGGAUCUAAUUGACAAGUGUUUGAUUACUCUUUCUAAUAAUCGCAUCGAGAUGCAUGACAUGUUGCAGACGAUGGGCAAGGAGAUAAGCUUAAAAGCAGAAACCAUAACAAUAAGUGACUUUAGGUGGCUAUCACAGUAUGGCAUCCAUAGCAAAUGGUAUAUCAGACUAUGGGAUAGUGCAAUUUCGUGACUUGCUGACCAAAGGCUUGGUAAUGGGAAGUAACAAGAUUAGAGGGAUUUUCCUCGACACAUUAAAACUAGGAGCAAUGCGUUUAAGUGCCAAAGCUUUCAAAGGAAUGGACAAUCUCAGAUAUCUGAAAAUUUAUGAUUCUCGUUGUUCUCGUGGAUGUGAAGCGGAGUUUAAACUGCGCUUGCGGAAGGGGCUUGAUUUCCUUCCUAAUGAGCUUACAUAUCUACACUGGCAUGGAUACCCGCUACAGAGUAUGCCUGGACUUCGACCCCAAGAACCUUGUAGACCUUAAAUUGCCACAUAGUGUAUUAGAAGAAAUUUGGGACGAUGACAAGGAUGCUGGAAUGCUCAAAUGGGUCGACCUCAGUCACUGCUUGAAUUUACGCCUGUGUGCAGGUUUGGCUAAUGCUCAAAAUCUUGAGAGAUUGAAUCUAGAAGGAUGUACAAGUUUGAAGAAGCUGCCAUCAUCAAUGAAUUGUUUGGAGAAGCUUGUUUACCUCAAUCUCAGGGACUGCACAAGCCUUAGGAGUCUUCCAAAAGGAUUAAAAUAUGAAUCCUUGCAAACUUUUAUUCUCAGUGGCUGCUCUAGCUUAAAGAAAUUCUCACUGAUCUCCGAAAAUGUUGAAGUUCUACUUUUAGAUGGCACUGCCUUAAAGAGUCUUCCCGAGCCCAUUGAAACCUUGAGAAAACUUGCUUUGCUGAAUCUGAAGAACUGCAAAAAGCUGAAGCAUGUUUCUUCUGAUCUUUAUAAGCUGAAAUGUCUACAAGAGCUGAUACUCUCAGGCUGCUCACAGUUAGAGGUUUUUCCGGAAAUCAAAGAAGACAUAGAAUCUUUGGAGAUUUUACUUCUGGAUAAUACAGCCAUCACUGAGAUGCCAAAUAUGAUGCAUUUGAACAAUAUCAAGACAUUUUCGUUAUGUGGAACUAAGAGUGAAGUUUCUUUUAGCACGUCCUUCUUGCCACCUCCAUUGAGCUGCUCUCAGUUAACAGAUCUUUACCUCUCAAGGUGCAGUCUCUACAAACUCCCAGAUAAUAUUGGCGGUUUUUCCUCAUUGCAGUCUUUGUGCGUAAGCGGAAACGACAUCGAGAAUCUACCAGAGAGCUUCAACAAACUUCACAAUCUGAAAUGGUUUGAUCUAAAGUAUUGCAAAAUGCUAAAGUCUUUACCAGCCCUUCCACAAAACCUGCAAUAUCUUGAUGCACACGAGUGCGAAUCACUUGAAACUUUGGCAUAUCCAUUAACGCCUCUCACAGUAGGAGAACGCAUCCAUUCUAUGUUCAUCUUUAGCAAUUGUUACAAACUGAACCAAGAUGCACAAGAGAGUCUCGUGGGUCAUGCUCGAAACAAAAGUCAGUUGAUGGCUAAUGCAUCUGUUAAACGUUACUAUCGGGGAUUCAUCCCAGAGCCUCUGGUUGGAAUCUGUUACCCGGCGAAUGAAAUACCGAGUUGGUUCUGCCACCAAAGACUAGGACAUUCACUAGAAAUCCCAUUGCCUCCGCAUUGGUGUGACACUGGCUUUGUUGGACUUGCCUUAUCUGUAGUUGUCUCGUUUAAAGACUACAACGACUGCGCAAAACGUUUCUCGGUAAAGUGUUUGGGAAAAUUCGAGAACCAAGACGGUUCCUUCACAAGAUUUGAUUUUACUCUCGCAGGCUGGAACGAACCGUGUGGAUCACUUUGCAAUGAACCUAGAAAGCUUACUUCUGACCAUGUUUUCAUGGGAUACAACAGUUGCUUCCACGUGAAGAAACUCCAUGGAGAGAGUAAUAAUUGCUGUUACGCGAAAGCUUCGUUCGAGUUCUAUGCGACGGAUGGUGAAACGAGGGAGAAUCUAGAGAUUUGUGAAGUGAUUAAAUGUGGGAUGAGUUUAGUGUAUGUUCCUGAUGAUGAUGAUUGUAUGUUGUUGAAGAAGACAAAUCUAGUUCAGUUGGGUUUGAAGACCGAACCAAUCUGUUCAUACGGUCUUGAUGAUGUCACUGAUGAUGUUAGACCGAAGAGGGUGCGAUGUGGUGGUGAUAAAGAACCAGAUUGUAAGAGAACCAAGGAGGAGAAGAUAUUAGUGUGAUCAAAUUUAUAUUUAUGUAUUUAAAUGUUAGUAAUUAUCGGUAAUAAUGUUAUUCAAUUCAUCAAUUUUUCUUAUAAAAACUAGAAAAUCUUGACCGUUA